CCGGUAUUCUACCGCGUUGCCCGGUGAAAGACUUGGUCUCUGACUAUCCAUGUCCUGGUUAUUACAAACACAAUCCUUUGGUUACUUCGCUGCCCAAUCGUACUCCAUGCGGAAAGGGAGAGGCUCUGUGUUCACUCGGCAUUUUUGUUGAUAUGUACUGCAGACGUACGCAGAUUCCAUUACAUAUAAACUGUGGGGACGCCGCCGAGACGACUAACGCCCGGGAAGAUACAGUUACAAAUUGGGACCAGCUCCUGAAACUUUUACACAUUAUGUCCAGUAAAAAAGUUAACGUUACGCUCCAACUUGGUGGACUAUUUGACUCAUCUUUACUCAAAUGCACCCAUGAACUCGAAACGAUUUUUGGUGCUCUGAAAGAAGCCUUUGAAAGGCACCCCGUGAAGGAACGUAUCGGACCGGAGAGCAUGCUGAUUGUUCUUGAUGGCUAUGACCUCUUGGCGGCCGAUGUGUCAGGUAAACAGGCAUGCGGUGGGUUAAAGCUUGACCGCACUGAAGUUGCGUGUGUCCAGACGAAGUGCUCGGAAUGCAACAAAGGGAAUCCGAAACCCGUGGGGUGGGGUACAGAAUUUAAAACGGAACACGGGUAUUUCACCAAAGCGGAUUUUCGGUUGUUACCGCCAAUUCACUACGCCCUCUCAGAACCUCAGCUUCAGUGGCUAAAUCUGCAACUUCAAGAGGCCACAAGAAGAACGGACAACGUUGUCAUUGCAUGCCACGCUCCAUUACACCCACUUUUGGUGACUGGCCGUUCCGCGCUGCCACUCAAUUGGAAGGAAGUUCUGCGCUUGAUCAUGAGUUUCAAUUGUGUUCGAUUGGUGAUAAGUGGAAGACCGGCUAAUGACGCGGCACAACCCCCCACGCCUGAAAAGCCAUAUCAACUUGAUCACGGGAUUCUAUAUUACAGUAUUCCACCGGCAAGCGACUCUACGAUCGAUAAAACCUGCCCACCACACAUGAUUGUUGAGCUAGGAUACGAUUUCAUUAGGAUCAAAGGCGAAGGUAUUCAUCUUCCUGCCGAAUGUAAAAAGUCUGAAUGGACCAUUCCUUUCGAACCUAGAAGAAAACUUCGUAUGAAUCAUUUCGACUAUGCAUUCAAUGGUGGGUACGACUACUGA